GCCUCUGGAUUUCGAGCCCCGCUCAGGCAGGUCACCACGACACAAGGACUGAAACGAGGCGCUCGAGGAGCCCACAGCCACCCGGUUCCAUCCCCUCCAUCUGUUUCUUGCCAAUCCCUAGCUCCCAGCCUGGCCUCACCUGGGCCUAGCCCUUUGCCACCAAAAGCCCACCUCCUGGGCAGACGGGGCAAAAACCCCCAUUAUAGUUCUCCAGCUGGUGUCCCCAGCCCUCCAUAGGCUGGAGUGGAGGCCCCCUCAACUGGCUGGGCCCAGGAUGUCUCUGCAGCACCUCUGGUGCUUACAAGCUCUCAGGAACCAGGAACUGUAGGCCCCUGCCCAGUUCCCGGCUGAGUUAGCCCUGGCACAUUCCUGAAGGAAUGAAUACCCCCUUAAGGGAGUUCCCCGGGGCAGCUCUCCAGGCCAGGACAACCUAGAGGGCCCAGAGGGUGGGCACAGGUGACCAGGGAAGCGAGUUCUGCGUGGUGUGGGCCCCCACCCUCUGGCCUCAGUCUCCUGCACGUGCCUGGCGCUCGGCCUGGCCUGGGCGGUCCUAAGCACGCAGGGCAGGCUGGGGAAAAGCCCUUCACGUAGACUUUCUCAUCCGCUACUUAACCAAACCCCAGGAUGUCCAUUAACAGAGGAUGAAACAGGCACAGAGAGGUCCAGCGGUGGCCACCGAAGGUCACAGCCAGUAAGGGCCGGUCUUCUGGGUCGUGACCAGGUGGCCGGGUGCCUGUCCUCGCCUGUCCCCUGCCUUGGGGUCCUGCGUCCACCCGCGUCCCUCCGGAGCGCGCGGAGGCGGCCCCCAGGGCGGCCGCGCGAGGGCAGCAUCGAGCCGUUCGCCCCUCUAGUCCCUGCAGGGACAGCGGCCGUCCCGGCGUGCCCCGCGCCUCAGGAGGCGGGACUUCCGGCGCGCGGCGCUCUUGUUCUGCAGCCGCCGGAAGCGGCGAGUCUGCGGUCGCCCGGGCGACGGCUGGGUCCGCGCGAGCAGGUAAAGUCUGCGCAUAACAGGUAAGGCGCGGGUGGCGCUGGCAGCUCCCGGGCUUUCCCCGCGGAGGGGGCGCUGUCCCGAGGAGCGGACAUCCGAGGCCCGGGACGGGGGCGGGCAGCGUCCAGAGUCGGGGAAACUGAGGCCCGGCGUGGCCCCGUCCGGCUGAGCCUGCGCGCGCGAGGAUUCCGGGCCCGGGAGCCCCUCGGCUGGGAGCGGGCUGCGGCCCCCGCGGGCUCCGAGGAGGCGCCGGCGGGGCGGUCCCGGCUGCUGGGCGCCCGCGUGCGUCUCGGGGACUGCGCCGUCGAUUCUGCGGUGGCCGAGCCUCGGAGGGGGUUUCCCCAGGUCCCGCAGCUAGCAGGAGGCGGAACUGGGCCUGGGCCGGGUCUGUCUCCCAAGCCGGUGCCUAAACGUCCAUCGCCCUGGCGCUUCCUGGGGUUCCCUGGGCCAAGCCGAGUCUGAGUGGCGUCCCCGCAGCUGGGUCGGGAGGGACCGCCUGCUGCGUUCCGUUUUGGCAGAAGUCAUGGAUGUAGAUGCUGAAAGAGAGAAGAUAACACAGGAGAUCAAGGAGCUGGAAAGGAUUUUAGAUCCCAGCUCCGCGGGCACCCACAUGGAAGUCUCAGAAUCAAGUCUCGAGUCAGAUUCUGAAGCAGAGUCACUGCCUUCUGAGGACUUGGACCCUGCCGAUCCCCUGAUCUCGGAAGAAGAAAGGUGGGGUGAAGCCAGCAAUGACGAGGACGACCCCAAGGAUAAAACCCUCCCUGAAGACCCGGAGACCUGCCUGCAGCUGAACAUGGUCUACCAGGAGGUCAUCCAAGAGAAGCUGGCUGAGGCCAACCUGCUGCUGGCCCAGAACCGGGAGCAGCAGGAGGAGCUCAUGAGGGAUCUGGCUGGGUCCAAAGGCACCAAGGUGAAGGAUGGCAGGAGCCUGCCCCCAAGCACAUACAUGGGGCACUUCAUGAAGCCGUAUUUCAAGGACAAGGUCACGGGUGUGGGGCCCCCUGCCAACGAGGACACACGAGAGAAGGCUGCCCAGGGGAUCAAGGCUUUCGAGGAGCUCCUUGUGACCAAAUGGAAAAACUGGGAGAAGGCCUUGCUCCGAAAGUCAGUGGUGAGUGACCGCCUGCAGCGAUUGCUUCAGCCCAAGUUACUGAAGCUUGAGUACUUGCACCAGAAGCAGAGCAAAGUCUCCAAUGAGCUGGAGAAGCAGGCCCUGGAGAAGCAGGCCAGGGAAGCCAAGAAGGAGAUCCAGGACAUCAACCAGCUUCCGGAAGAGGCGUUGCUGGGAAACAGGCUGGACAGCCACGACUGGGAGAAGAUUUCCAAUAUUAACUUUGAAGGCAGCCGUAGCGCAGAGGAGAUCCGGAAGUUCUGGCAGAACUCGGAGCACCCCAGCAUCAACAAGCAGGAGUGGAGCGGGGAGGAGGUGGAACAGCUGCAGGCGAUCGCGGCUGCACACGGCCACUUGGAGUGGCAGAAGAUUGCAGAGGAGCUGGGGACCAGCCGCAGCGCCUUCCAGUGCCUGCAGAAAUUCCAGCAGCGGAACAAAGCCCUGAAACGCAAGGAAUGGACGGAGGAGGAGGACCGCAUGCUCACGCAGCUGGUGCAGGAGAUGCGCGUUGGCAGCCAUAUCCCCUACCGCAGAAUUGUCUACUAUAUGGAAGGGAGAGACUCCAUGCAGCUGAUUUACCGAUGGACCAAGAGCUUGGAUCCCGGCCUGAAGAAGGGGAACUGGGCCCCGGAGGAAGACGCUAAGUUGCUUCAAGCUGUUGCCAAAUACGGGGAGCAGGAUUGGUUUAAAAUCCGGGAAGAGGUGCCAGGUAGGAGCGAUGCCCAGUGCCGAGAUCGGUAUCUCAGGAGAUUACAUUUCAGCUUGAAAAAGGGACGGUGGAAUUUGAAAGAGGAGGAACAGUUAAUUGAAUUAAUAGGAAAAUACGGUGUUGGUCACUGGGCAAAAAUAGCUUCUGAACUGCCCCAUCGGUCCGGCUCCCAGUGUCUGAGCAAGUGGAAGAUCAUGAUGGGGAAGAAGCAAGGUCUCCGGAGGCGGCGGCGGAGGGCCCGUCACAGCAUCCGGUGGAGCUCCAGCAGCAGCAGCAGCAGCAGCAGUGGCAGUGGCGGCAGCGGAAGGGGCAGCAGCAGCAGCAGUGAGGAGGAGGAGCCAGAGCCAGAGCAAGCACAGACUGGGGAGGGUGACAGAGCGCUGCUGUCCCCACAGUAUGUGGUCCCGGACAUGGAUCUGUGGGUUCCUGCCAGGCAGAGCACCAGCCAGCCAUGGAGAGGAGGGGCAGGGGCCUGGCUGGGAGGCCACGCUGCCUCCCUCAGCCAUCCCAAGGGAUCCAGUGCCAGCCAAGGUGGCAGCAAGGAAGCUUCCGCCACAGCCGCGGCUCCUGGAGAGGAGACGAGUGCAGCGCAGGUCCCUGCCAGGGCCCACAGCCCUGUCCCGAGAGCUGCCCAGGCCUCCCACUCGGCAGACACUCAGCCGGUGGGCGCAGAGAAGCAGGCCCUCGAGGGAGGGAGGCUGACAGUGCCUAUGGAGACCGUGCUGAGGGUGCUGAGGGCCAACACGGCUGCUCGGAGCCACACACAGAAAGAGCAGCUGAGACAACUGCCCCUGCCCACCUCGUCCCCAGGGGUCAGCUCUGGUGACAGCGUGGCCCGGUCCCACGUGCAGUGGCUACGGCACAGAGCCACCCAGAGUGGGCAGCGGCGCUGGAGACACGCUCUACACCGGAGGCUCCUGAACCGCAGGCUGCUGCUGGCUGUGACCCCUUGGGUGGGGGACGUUGUCCUGCCCUGCACACAGGUGCCCCAGAGACCCGCCGCAGUGCAGACUCAAGCGGAUGGCCUCAGGGAGCAGCUGCAGCAGGCCCGCCUGGCCAGCACCCCUGUGUUCACCCUGUUUACCCAGCUGUUCCAGAUCGAUACUGCCGGCUGCUUGGAGGUCGUCCGAGAGAGGAAGGCCCUGCCGCCCAGGCUGCCCCAGGCUGGCGCUCGGGACCCACCAGUGCAUCUUCUGCAGGCGCCCUCAAGUGCUCAGAGCACCCCAGGCCACCUCUUCCCAAAUGUGCCAGCUCAAGAAGCCUCAAAGAGUGCCAGCCACAAAGGGAGCCGAAGACUGGCGUCCAGCCAGGUGGAGGGCACCCUACCCCAGGCGUCCCCACUGGCUUCGACUGGCCCCCGGCCCAAGCCCAAGACUGUGUCAGAGCUGCUUCAGGAGAAGCGGCUUCAGGAGAAGCGGCUUCAGGAGGCCCGUGCCAGGGAGGCCGCCCGGGGCCCGGUGGUGCUCCCGUCCCACCUGCUGGUCUCCUCGCCUGUGAUCCUCCAGCCCCCUCUACCGCACACCCCACACGGCCGCCCAGCCCUGGGUCCCACUGUCUCAAAUGUUCCACUCUCGGGGCCUGGGACCCCCACAGCAGCCAAGCCUGGCACUUCAGGCUCCUGGCAGGAGGCUGGGCCUUCAGCCAAGGACAAGAGACUCUCCACCAUGCAAGCCCUGCCCCUCGCUCCUGCCUUCACAGGGCCCGAGGGCACAGCCCCUGCUGCUUCUGGAGCCCCUGGCCUAGGCCCCAGCCAGGUCUCUGUGAGCUGCCCUGGGAGUGGUCUCGGACAGUCGCAGGCCCCCAGUGCAUCCCGGAAGCAGAGCCUGCCUGAGGCAUCACCCUUUCUCCCUGCAGCCCCCAGCCCCACCCCACUGCCUAUCCAGCCCCUCAGCCUGACGCACGUAGGAGGUCCACGUGUGGCAGCCAGUGUCCCCCUGCCUGUCACCUGGGUGCUCACAGCCCAGGGGCUUCUCCCUGUUCCUGUGCCAGCUGUGGUGGGCCUUUCCAGUCCAGCAGGGACGCCUGGCCCCACAGGGCUGGUGGCCACUCUGCUGCCUCCCCUGACUGAAGCUCAGGUGGCCCAGGGCCCCGGGGCCCCAGCGUUGAGUAGCUCUUGGCAGCCCCCAGCCAAUGUGAACUCAGGACCACAGCCUUCCUGCAGGACAGUCCCCCCAGCCCCUGCCACACACGCCGCCUCCCAAAGUCCUGCAGAAGUGGAUGACAGUGUGGCUGUUGUCCCUGGAGAGGCCCAGGUGGCCAGGGAGAUACCUGCACCCAGGACGUCCUCCCAGGCUGACCCCCAUGAAGCAGAACCCCCCUUGCCCAGGAGGCUGCCACCCCUUGGUGGUGUCAUUCCAGCAAGUGAGCCAGGGGGGACGCUGGGGUCCCCCUCAGAAACACAAGAGCCCAAGGGGCUGGACCUGGAGAAGCCAUCCCUGCCCCAGCCUGGGCCUGAGAAGGGGGCCCUGGACCUGGGCCUGCUGUCCCAGGAGGGCGAGGCGGCCACACAGCAGUGGCUGGGAGGCCAGCGUGGGGUGCGGGUACGUCUUCUGGGAAGCAGACUGCCCUACCAGCCCCCGGCCCUGUGCAGCCUUCGAGCGCUGUCCAGCCUCCUGCUCCACAAGAAGGCCCUGGAGCACAAGGCCGCCUCCCUGGUGGCGGGGGGCGAGGCUGAGCGGCCAACUGGAGCGCUACAAGCCUCACUGGGGCUGGUGCGGGGGCAGCUCCGGGACAACCCAGCCUACCUCCUGUUGCGGGCGCGGUUCCUGGCGACCUUCACCCUCCCUGCGCUCCUGGCCACCCUGGCCCCCCACGGCAUCCGCACCACCCUCUCAGCAGCCUCGAUAGCAGGCUCCGAGAGUGACGAUGAGGACCUCCUGAGCGAGCUGGAACUCGCAGACAGGGACGGGCAGCCGGGCUGCACGGCGGCCACAUGCCACAUUCAGGGACCCCCAGACUCUGGUAGAUGCUCUGCCUCCUCCUGCCUGGAUGCUUUUAAUGACCUUGAUGUUGACGACCUUGAUGUGCUCAGAACCCGGCAUGCCAGGCACACCCGGAAGCGGAGGCGGCUGGUGUGAGCAGCAGGACAAGCACGCCUCAGAAGCCCGUGGCCCUGCUGACGAGAAACAGCCCACACCCAGCCUGCGAGAGAGGCAGCCAGAGGCCAGGCAUCUGCUGGUCACCCACCGACCAGGUCCGCAGUGAACAGAGGCAGGCCUGCCAACUGACCGUGUGGCACGGGGCACAGCUGUUCCCCAAGUGUACACCUGAACACUUGGAGGAGUAAAGUUCUGUUUUUAAUUGUGGAGCCGGA